AUGAAAAUCCCAAUCAUUAUCGACUCUGCGGCGGAAGACAGCGACAGCGAGGAAAGGUUCUUCCCCAAGCCCGUCCUAGAAAACAGAAAUGUGGAAUUUGCGAAGAAGUGCACCGAACUGAUCAGUGACAUAAGCUAUAAAGAGAAACAUAAAAAAUCCAAAGGCAAGAAUGAGUUUGUCCCUGACACCGCAAAACUGAAAGCCGUCACAGACUCCAUCUCAGAGGCAAAGUACAAAGAAGCUGGAAAGAAAGGAUUGUCCAACCCCCUGUACAAGCAGAUGCCGGCAACAUUAGACAUUGCCUUCGCAAAACAAGUCUCCCAGCUUCAGAGUGAGGCUCUUUACAAGCAGAAAUAUGAUGCAGAGAAGGGGAAAUCAAAUUAUGCGCAAAUGCUCGAGCCUCCUGAUAUGAAGCAUGCAAAGGAAGUAAACAGACACCAGAGCAAUGUAUCCUAUAAAAAAGAUGCCCAGGAUAUACACACAUACACAGAAGUGCUGGACAGACCAGACAUUCAGAAGGCUACAGAGACUUCAAAGUUCAUCAGCAAUAUUGAUUAUAGGAAAGGCAGAGAGGAACUGAACAGGGAGUCCAUGGUUAUAGGAAGACCUGAUUUUGAACAUGCAAAAGAAGUAUCAAAAUUCACCAGCCAGGUGAAAUACAAAGAACAAUUUGAUAAAGAAAUGAAGGGUAAAAAGCAUUGCUAUAACCCAUCAGACAGCGCUGACUUCAAGCAAGCCCAGGCUGCUACAGAAUUGGCUAGUGACGUGAAAUAUAAGAAGGACAAGCACAGCAUACAUGAUUUUUCAGUAGACCUUCCAAACCUGCUCUAUUUGGAACACACCCUGAAGACCAGCAAGAUGCAGAGCAAUAAGACCUACAAGAAACAGUUUGAAGAAAACAAGGGGAACUAUCAUUUUGCUUUAGGUACGGCAGAGCAAAUUCACCAUAAAGAAAAUGCAGUGCUUCAGAGCCAGGUAAAAUAUAAGGAAAAGUAUGAAAAAUCAAAGGGUAAAUCCAUGUUGGAGUUUGUUGACACCCCAUCGUAUUAUGUCUCCAAAGAGGCUCAGAAAAUUCAAAGUGAGAAAUUAUAUCGGAAAGAUUAUGAGGAAGGCGUGAAAGGGAAAGCUUCAGCAGACCUGGACCUCACACCAAGCUUCCUGCAUGCUAAACAUGCUACUAACCUGCUCAGUGAGAAAGAAUACAGGAAAGAUCUAGAAGAAGGGAUCAAAGGAAAGGGACUGACCGUUCUGGAAGACACCCCCGAUUUAAUAAGGGUGAAGAAUGCAGCACAUAUACUAAAUGAGAAAGAGUACCGUAAGGAUCUGGAAAAUGACAUUAAAGGGAAAGGCAUGGAGUUGAGCGCAGACAUUCCUGAUAUGAUCCGAGCUAAGCGGGCAUCUGAAAUUAUUAGUCAGAAAGAAUACAGGAGAGACUUAGAAACCGAGAUCAUAGGGAAAGGAAUGCAAGUAGAUGCUGACUUACCGGAGAUACAGCACGCAAAGAAAGUCACAGAAUUUUUGAGCCAGAAAAGUUAUAAGUAGGAUCUAGCGACUGAGAUAAAAGGGAAGGGGAUGCAGGUGGGCCCAGAUAUCCCUGAGCUACAAAGAGCAAAGAGAGCCUCUGAGAUUGCAAGUCAGCAAAAAUACAAGAAUGAAGCACAGAAGAUGAUGUCUAUGUAUUCUGUAGGUACUGAUACUCCUGAGAUGGAAAGAGUAAAGAAUGCCCAGAAAUCCAUAAGUGCUGUGUUUUAUAGAAAAGGACCAGGAGCUGGCACAGCUGUGAAAGAGACGCCAGAGAUGGAAAGAGUGAAGAACACGCAGAUGAAUAUCAGCUCAGUGAAGUAUAAAGAUGAAAUCGGACCUGCGACAGCCAUACCCGACCUGCCGGAAAACAGGAGAGUAAAAGAGAUCCAGAAGAACAUUAGCAAUGUCCGUUAUAAAGAGCCUCUGAGAAAAGCCACUCCAGUCAGCAUGACGCCAGAAAUGGAACUGGCUAAGAAGAACCAGGAGCAUUUCAGCACGGUUCACUAUAAAGAGAAAGUUGGGAAGGUCACAGCAGUCAGUUUUACUCCGGAGAUGGAAAGAGUUAAAAGGAACCAAGAAAAUAUUAGUUCGGUGAAGUACAGCAGUGAUUUGCAGCAACUGAAAGGUAGACCUAGUGUCAUUCUGGAUACACCAGAAUUGAGACAUGUGAAAGAAACACAAAAUAAAAUAUCAAUGAUUAAAUACCAUGAAGAUUUUGAGAAGACAAGAGGCAGGGGUUUCACCCCGGUGGUAGAUGAUCCAGUGUUGGAGCGAGUAAGAAAGAACUCGCAGAUUGUCAGCGAUGCCGCUUAUAAGGGAGUUCACCCUCAUGUAGUGGAGAUGGACAGGAGACCGGGGGUAAUUGUGGACCUUAAAGUUUGGCGCACUGACCCAGGCUCCAUCUUCGACAUUGACCCGCUGGAGGACAAUAUUCAGUCUCGGAGCCUCCGUAUGUUAACGGAUAGAGCGAGCCAUGGCACCAGGCACUCCUGUCACUCUGCUGGCCUGGCUGCAGUGAGUCAGGGUGAUGACAGGUCAGAGAUGUCAGAGAUGAACCCUAGUUUCUCUUACUGCAGUGAGGGAACAAGGGCAUCUGAUGAAAGAGCCCCAGUGCUUCCUGGUGCUUAUCAAACCUCUCCAACUCAAGGUUUUGGAUACAUGCAACAGACAAGUAUGUCCUCUAUGAGGUCAAUGCACUCUCCACUUGCACACUCUCCUUCACAGAGUAUGAGAACAUACAGAGCCAUGUACGACUACAGCGCUCAAGAUGAAGACGAAGUUUCCUUUAGGGACGGUGACUAUAUUGUUAACGUGCAGCCCAUCGAUGAAGGAUGGAUGUAUGGAACUGUGCAGAGAACAGGGAAGGCGGGAAUGCUUCCAGCCAAUUACAUCGAGCCCGUUAACUGAGAGCCGUGCCCUGCCGCUCGUUUCCAACAACGAGCAGCGCUUUUAUUUGUGAGGAUCAUGAAUUGUUUAUUGACGAUCAUUGUUUUAAAACUUUCCAAAUUACCUUUAAGCUUACAUGCUUAUUUUUUUAAGCACUAGCAUAAAAUUCUAGAAGGAACAUUUAAAUUGCGGCAUAAAAAUCUUACACACA